AUGGCACCGCCAGCAGUUCGUCUGAGUGAUGCCGAAAAAACGACGCUGAUCAAAAUCGUGAAAAGCUACCCGUCCAUAUGGGACCACACGGACAAGCAGUACAAGAAUAACAGUGCGAAACGUCUUUGCUGGAUGAAUGUUUCCAUCGACAUGGCGCAACACUUCGGACGUGACUACGAUGACGAGUUCCUGCAGAAAAUAUAUCGAAACUUGAAAGAUGUUUAUCAAAGAAAAAGAAAAGAGGUGUCAAAUGUCGAAGCCACCGGAACACACCGAACUACGGCGUGGCCAUUCUAUUCAAGUUUUGCCUACCUUGGAGCCUUGCUAAAAAAGGGCCCAAUCGAAAGGUUCGGACAAGAUUAUAAACCAGUAUAA